AUGUCCGGCUCAAAUGUCCAUGUCGUUCAGCAUCCGCUGAUCUCACAUCAUCUAGCGAAUCUUCGACUUGCUGACACCUCGCCAAAAGAAUUCCGUUUGCUCGUCAAGAACAUCUCAACCAUACUUUGCAUCGAAUCUUCUCGAACGCUCUCUGUCAAGCAAGUGCAAGGUCAAGGUCCACUUGCAACCUUUCAAGGCGAGCAGCUUUCGGAACGUAUUGGUUUGGUCCCCAUUCUCCGAGCUGGUCUCGGCAUGACAGAAGCCUGCCUUGACCUCUUGCCUGAAAACACAUCCGUGCUGCACAUUGGCCUGUUCAGGGAGAAGGUCUCGCUACAGCCAGUGGAGUACUACAACAAGCUACCUGCCACGCCAACCGUCGAUCAGGUCAUCAUUCUGGAUCCGCUAAUUGCUACUGGUGGAACUGCUGUCGCAUGUAUCCAAAUGAUUUUGGACUGGGGUGUGCCAGUGGAAAAGAUCAAGUUCUUGUGCGUGUUGGCAUCACAGAAGGGUCUUGAGCAUGUGGCUGAGUCGGUGUCAGGAUUGGAGAUCUGGGUUGGUCGUGUUGAUCCCGAGUUGAGCGAAAAGGGGUUGAUCUUGCCGGGUUUGGGCGAUACUGGUGAUAGGUUGUUUGAUACUCGUACUUGA